CUCAUGAGAUCAGAGAUCGUACACUUUGGUACGGUCAUCGUGUCAUCCUGGUGAACACUAUAUAAAACACAGAAUGAUUGAUACAAGUCGAAAGGUUCUUCAUCUUUUACAAAAUGUGGAAGGAAGUGUUUGCAUUAUUAGUACUUUUAUCCAUCCUUGGACCAACAGGAUGUCUUCAGAUAUCCAAUUUAAACAUUCUAAUGAAAGGCACAUUGAUGCAAAUAAACAAACCCUCGAAAACACCAGGAAUAACACCAGGAAAAACACCAGGAAUAACAAAGCCAAAGAUUGACAUACAGAAUGCUGCCCCGCAACCUGGUGGCGAAAUACCAGCUAAAAUAUCCCCAAUAGCACCCACAACGAAGACCAUGGAAACGGCACUGAAAACAGCCACAGCUAAAGUCAAGACCGAUGAACUGACUGAACAAAAAAUGCAAAAUUUUGAUACACCAAACAGUCAAACAGAAGGAUUUGGUCCUCAUCUAUUGACCAGUCCUGAAGCCAUCAAGAUCAGUGAAUCUGCCCGGGUAAUGAUAGAAACUGCAAAAAAUGCAAUGAAAAAGUUGAACAUUGAGAAAAGCCAGCGUGUAAGUGUCCUAGAGAGAGUCUCUGACAGCUUUCUGAACACCAUACAGACACAAGCAAGAUGUCGGUUUACAGCAGGAUCGUGUAUAAACCAAGCUUCCCAAUAUAGAACACCUGAUGGUUCAUGUAAUAACGUGGCUAACCCAUUAUGGGGGAUGUCCCAUACACCUUUUGAAAGGUUUAUACCUGCUUUUUAUGAGGAUGGUUUGGAUGAUCCAAGAGCAACCGACGUUUUUGGUGACCCCCUACCUCUAGCCAGAGACAUCAGUGUUAAAGUUCACACCGUCAGCGACUCAACAACUCAGAUGAACGAUUUGAGCCAUUUCAGUAUGGAGUUUGGCCAAUUCGUCAGUCAUGAUAUACAGAUGAAUGCUUUGUCCAAAGGACAGUAUAUGUCUAAUCUGAACUGCUGUCGAUUCCCCAACAGACCUAACUGUUUUCCAAUUCCACUGCCAUCAAAUGAUCCAUUUUACGGCAGCUUUAACAGAACUUGUAUGAACUUUGUAAGAGCACUCGGUGUAACUAAAUUGGACUGCACACUUGGAGAAAGACAGCAAUUAAACAUGAAUACCCACUUUCUGGAUGGUUCUGCUGUUUAUGGUUCUAAUAAAGUUACUGCCAACAGUCUCCGUCAAUUCUCUGGUGGUCGAUUGAUAUCUACCAAUAAUCAGUUACUACCUAAGGACAUACCAAAUGCUUCAUCAUGUAGAUUACCACCAGGAAAUCCAAAUAUUAAGUGUUUCAAAGCAGGUGACCCAAGAGUCAAUCAACAACCAGCUUUAAUGGCAUUACAAACAAUUUGGAUGAAAGAACACAAUCGCAUAGCCAACAGACUAACACAAUUAAAUGGGUGGAAUGAUGAAGGAGCGUACCAAGAAGCCAGAAAAGUUAUUGGUGCAAUGAUACAACACGUGACCUAUAAUGAAUACUUACCUCAUAUCCUUGGUAACCAACAAAUGAUAGAUUUCGAUUUGAAACCAAAAGCAUCCGGGUAUUUUACUGGAUAUGAUCAAACGACUAAACCCCAGAUUAGAAAUGGUUUCUCUGCCGCAGCCUUCAGAUUUGGACAUAGCAUGGUCAGACAGAGAUUAGCAUAUAACGGUCCAUCACAUUCUAAUCAAAGCCCGCUACUUCAUAAUGAAUUCCUUCGACCAGAUAAGCUGUAUGAUGCAAAUGGGGGUGUUAGUUCUGUAACAAGAGGCCUGUAUGAAGAAUUUUCUCAAAAAGUCGACAGGAAAAUUACCAAGGAACUAACAGAAAGGCUUUUUGAGAGAACACAUGGUUUUGGAAGUGACCUUGCAGCCAUUAACGUACAAAGAGGAAGAGAUCACGGACUGGCUAGUUAUAACAUUUGGAGGAUGGUCUGUGAUUUAACACCCGCUGAUGAUUUUACAGCUGGUGUAUUGGGAGGUUUAGAGCAUCAUUCAGCAGUCGAAGCGCUGGCCCUUAAAAGCACUUACAGUUCGACAUGGGACAUCGACUUGUUUACCGGUGGUGUUUCAGAAACCCCAAUACCAGGAGGGAAAGUCGGACCUACGUUUGCUUGUAUGAUAGGAUUACAAUUUCGUGCCUUGAAAUUAGGUGAUCGAUUCUUUUAUGAAAGUAAUACUAACGUAAAGUUUACUCCAGCACAGCUGACAGAAAUAAAGAAGGCAACUAUGGCUAGAAUCAUUUGCGAAAAUACUAACAUCAACAGCAUUCCUUCGGACGUUUUUAGGAAGAUUUCCGCCAGUAACUCCGAGAAAAGUUGUUCCUCCCUACCGGAAGUAAAUCUUCAGAAAUGGCAGAAUUGUGUUAAUGGUGGAUGGUCUAGUUAUGUAACAAUAAACAGAUGCACUAAAAGAAGAAGAUGUAACAAACCUGCACCAAACAGCUGUGGGCAACGAUGUCUAGGGUCGCCAAUAUUGUUCACUUGUGGAAGUAUAAAAACGCCAGGAAAUAUAAGGCCUGGUCGUAAUGAAGCUAUCCCGUAAACUUAUAUUGAUUUUUGAAUUAGUGCUCGACAAAUAAAAAUGCUCAAUCAUCACAAGUCAGGUAAAAGUAACAAACAUCUCCAAAUUACAAAAUGGCAGGAAACAAUAAUAUCAAAAAACAACACCACAGCAUCUACAUAAGCAGUCAUUGUUUGUUUAUCCAUUGCUAACUUGGUAACUUGGUAACACUCAAAUAAAAGAAUCCCAAACAAA